ACUGCUAACAUCACAUCUUCUUUAUCUUAUAAGGGAGGAUGUGGGUAAGCUGAGAGUAGAUUUAGUAAAUGUUCUUGCAAUGAUAGAUGUUUACAAUCAGAUUCUAGCGGAGGAUCCUAGUAUUCCUAAAAUACAGUCUCCCAUGGUCAACAGUUCUGUGCUUUCUGUUCUUCAUAAUAACAGACAUUAUCACAGUCAUAUUCACGAAAACUUGUGUUCACCGCUUAACCAUCAACUUAAACCAAUAACCACUAGUAAGAUUUUAAGUAUGAUUGGUAGGGAGAGAGCUACAGUCGCCUGUAAAGAGUUUUCAACAAUUCUUUUGGAAAUGUAUGGCCAAGGUUCUAAAGCCUCGACUUCUAAGCCGACAAAAGAAGUUUUUAUUGUGGAUAUGAAAACACACUUCCGGUUGAUGGAACAAUUGGUGGAGAACGAGAGCAUUAUCCUACAUCAUGUACUUUCAUGUUUACCUCAGGUUCCUGGAUUGUUGAAUAAAAGUCAGUUGAAGGAGGGGAAGGAAGGAGUUCCAAGACUGAUUGGACAAGUCAAGAAGAAGAUGGGAGAAUUCUACCACGAUAUUCUUUGGAGAAAUGUCGGUCAGCUGGCAGAGGAAACUCUACUCUGGGAUGGGGGGAAAGAGAGAAAUCCUGUUGGUUUAAUCCACCCUAGAGUAUCUCUAGCCUUCAAUACUUUGCUCAAAGAACAUCUCAGCGCUCAAUUUGGAGAUGGAUAUCCGUCCUUGAUUCUUCCUGCAGUACAUAUCAUUAUAGAAACCUUCAGUAUUCAUGCUGUAUCCGCGUCCUGGGACCUUCAGGUUUUGCGGAGUUUAGCGCUUUCAAUCCGUCCGAAACCUCAACGUGUUCUUCAAGACGACCUCUCCCUUGCCACUCUGGCCGGCAGCUACUUCAAGAAAACAAUUAAUAGUUUGGUUCACUUUAACAACCUGUGUUUGCCUGAUAUAAUGAAUGAUAUUGUAUCUCAUGGUGUUCAUGAUCCAGAGGAGUUUCCAUUCCUAGAGGAACUUCAUGUUCUACGCAGACUCAAGGCAACCUUGUACACAGUACAGAAUUGGGUAGAGAGUCGAUCAGCUGAGUAUAUUCAAUCCUGGAGGGUUGGAGACUUCUUUAUAAUUAAUCAUGCAGAUCUUGCCAGGAUAUAUCCUUCAUUCGACCUUUUACAGAUAUGCGGGCAUGACCGAGUAGCUGCGUCUAACUCUACUUCUAUAAAGCUGUUUACUCAUGUACAGCAGGCUAUAGCUCUACAGAUAUAUACCGUGCAGCAGAAAAUAAAGAAUCUACCUGAAGAAGAGAACGAGAAUAUGUGCCGUGUUUGCAGAACAUUUAGUUUAGCGUGUUUACAAAAUGUCUUCCCUCCACAAAAACAUUGGAAUAAGUAA